GUGCUAGGGGUGGGCAUGCUUGGGGUGCGCUUAGGGUCCUCAGGAUCCUGGGAGUGGGGCUGAGUGCCGGGAUGGGAGGUGUAAUGAGGUUGCAGGCUGGGACUGAGGUGUUCCCGGGGAGGGGGCGGGUCCGAUUCACCCUAGCCUGCCAGAAAUUUGCUGGGUACCCUGACCCUGCAGGAUCGGGAGGCCCAGAGCAGGGGUGUCGGGGCGCCCUGAGAACCCUUGUGUCCAUUUUUCUCGCGAAGUUUGCAGCCUGGCCGGGAAGUACCGGAACCCUUAGAUCAUUGGACCAGCGGGCAGGUCGGUCAAGUGUUAGCGAGAGACAAGCGAGAAGCUGGCGCCCGGGGCCAGACUGCAGAAGCGGCUGACGCCCUAGUCAACCCGGGCCCGCAGCGCCUGCAGUGCUGAGUGCAGCCGCCAGGUGCCGCUAUGGUGCCUAGCGAGCUCCCCCUCCCACUUCCCCUAGUCCCCUCCGCCCCCGGAAAAGCGAAAGCCCAACCCGCAGGGAACGCGGGACAGACCACCGAGGUUGCAGGGGUGGGGUCUGGGAGCAGAGGGCGGAGUUGAGGCCCGGGGAGCGCGGCCUCCGGCGUGCUUCCCCCUCUACCGGCGUAGCGAGAUGGUGCGCUCCAAACGGCGACUAGCAGCGGCGCAGUGGCAGGGGUAGCACAGAGAACUGCAGUACCGCCGUCAUGCUGGGGCUGCUGGUGGCUUUGAUGGCUCUGGCGCUCGCCUUCUUCGCGCUGUUGGACGGCUGGUACCUGCUGCGCGUACCGUGCGCCGUGCUCAGCGCGCGCCUGCUGGAGCCUCGCGUACGGGAUCUACUGGCCGAGCAGCGCCAGAGGGGCCGCGUGCUGCCCUCGGACUUGGACGUGCUGUUGCACAUGAACAACGCGCGCUACCUGCGGGAAGCGGACGUGUGCCGCAUCGCGCACCAGGCCCGCUGCGGCAUACUCGGGGCGCUUCGCGAGUUGGGGGCGCAUGCCGUGCUGGGCGCCUCUUGCGCGCGCUACCGCCGUUCGCUGCAUUUGUUCGAGCCUUUUGAGGUGCGCACCCGCCUGCUGGGGUGGGACGACCGCGCCUUCUACCUGGAGGCGCGCUUCAUCAGCCUGCGCGACGGCUUCCUGUGCGCGCUGCUGCGCUUCCGGCAGCAUGUGUUGGGCACCUCGCCAGAGCGCGUCGUACAGCACCUAUGCAAACGCAGGGUGGAGCCCCCUGAGCUGCCAGAAGAUUUGAAGCACUGGAUCACCUACAACGAGGUCAGCAGCCAGCUGCUCCGUGCUGAGAGUGGGCUCAGCAAGGACAUCAAGGCCCAGUGACUGCUGCCUCCAAUCUACCCCACCCUACCUCUCAGCUCCAGCCUCAACCUGGGCACUGAUGGCCGCCCACCCGAACUGUCAGUUGGCUGUCCUGCGGAACCAGUGUGCUCGGCCAGACUCCUAGCUGCAGUAGCCUUGUGCCAGUCCAGCCACCUUCACCUGCUUGACCGUCUCUUUGCUGGGCCCUAUGCUGGGCUGGGGAGCGGCUGGCUUGAGCACUUUGACCCAGCUGUGUUCCCUAGCGGGAGCCAGAUGAACAGAAGGGGAACAGGCAGGGACCAGGGCAGGCCCGGGGCUCUCCAGGGCUGGCUCUCGGGCCUGAACCUGACUCAGAGACAGCAGGGCUUCUGAAUGCUCAGAGCCAACUUGCCACACCACUCCCUGUGGCCUCUGGUGAGGGCAGGGAACCCUGCAGUGGAAUCAGAGACGGCAGAGGGACAGGAGCACCUGGAAGGAGGACUGACUUGUGCUCGCACCGCAGCACAGUUCUGCAAGGUUCCCUUGUACAGAGUUGGCCUCUACUACCUCUUCUGUCAGGGUAGGCAAGAGGACAGGCCCCUGGGACUUUCGGCCAGGAGGGGGUCACAUGGCACAGGGGGUCCUGAAGGGGCAGUAGGCUUCCCCGCUGGUGCCCAAGUCGGGAUAGAGCUGGUGGGGGCUUUUAUCUGCCUGUGCCUAUUAAGACUGCUGUGUGACCUCAGGCUGGACCCUACCCUCUCUGGGCCCCUCAGGCCUUUCAUUCCUAGAAGAUGUGCCUCCCCAACACCUAGUCCUGCUCUGAGGCCACCUCCUUGGAUGGGAGGGGUCUUUUUGGCCUUCUGUGUUGUACAGGCCCCUGCCCAUUGCCUGGCCAGCCUCUGCCUGCUCCAGGGGACUGCCCUGGCAGCUGAUCUCAGGACCCCUGAUGAUGUUGGGAGGGCCGCUGCUCCUGCCAGUGUCCCCCCUUACAGGUGGGGAACCCCGGCCUGGAGCAGUCCACAGCUGCUGAGAGCCAAAGGCUGAGUGGGGCCAGCCUGAGGCUCUGCCAGUGCCCCCAACUCUCCCUGCUCAGGGCCAUUGCCUCUGCCUGUGCCCCUCUUGUGCCCACGGCAGGGCCUGCCCUGUAGCCCCAGCCAGAGCUUCAGUGGUGCCGGCUCCACACCCCUACUCUGCUCUUGCUUUAGUGUCCACAUGGGGAAGUUGCAGUCUUUGUUCAAAGCACACGAUUAAAGAUUUUGAAAGUGCA